AUGAAGGACAAUAACGGUAACAGCCAAAUAUUCACCGGCGCCAGAGUACUAGGUUAUGUUAGUACACAUGUACCACUCGUAGCAAGAUUUAUUAAAAGAAGAGGCGAAACCCUACUUUGUACAAGUGUGGGUAAAUGGUUUCACACGUAUGGCUGUGACAAAUUUCGUCUUUUAAGUGUGAGUGGUGAACACCCUGGUCCAAUAACAUGCAUGGCUGGUGACGGCUUUCAUAUCUACACAGCUAGUGAGAACAAUAUUUAUGCCUGGAGACGAGGCUGUGAACUCAAGCAUAUUUAUAAAGGCCAUAAUGCCGCUGUGCAUAAAAUAUUACCAUUUGGUAUCCAUUUUAUCUCCAUUGAUAAGGAUAAUGUUUUGAAAGUGUUUGACAUAAAAGAAGAGUCAGAAUUCCUUGAAUUGAAAUUUGAAAAGAAUUUUAAAAUUACCACGAUUUGUCACCCGCCCACUUAUCUUAACAAAAUUUUACUAGGCAGUAAACAAGGUUCUUUGCAGUUAUGGAAUAUUCGAACAUCCAAACUUGUCUAUACAUUUAAAGGUUGGGACUCUCAUGUCGCGGUGACUGAGCCUGCUCCUGCUGUAGAUGUUGUAGCUAUAGCUUUACAAAAUGGAAAAAUAUAUUUACAUAAUUUAAAACUUGAUAAAGUCGUUAUGCAGUUCACAAAUGAUUGGGGGCAUGUGAGUGCCUUAUCUUUUAGAAUGGAUGGAUUACCUAUAAUGGUAACGGGCAGUGAUGAUGGUCAUAUAGUAAUGUGGGACUUAGAGGAAGAAACUGUAAUAUCACAAAUACAGAAGGCACAUACAGCAAAAAUUGCUGGAUUGCAAUGUAUGAUGUCAGAACCUCUUAUGAUAACAAAUUCUAGAGAUAAUUCAUUGAAAAUGUGGAUAUUUGAUAUGCCAGAUGGCGGUGCAAGACUUUUAAAGAAGAGAGAAGGCCAAGCAAAACCUCCACAUUUGGUGAGGUACUGUGAGCCAACUGGUGAGAAUAUUUUGGCAGCUGGUGGAGACAGUUCCCUACAUAUUAUGAAUACUGUAACUGAAACAUUUAACAAAAGCUUAGGACAAGCAUCGAUCAACAGAAAAAAUUCUAAAAGAAAAAAUCGAUUGCAGAUAGAUACCAACAUAAUAGCUCCAAUUUCACAUCUCAGUUCAUGCAUGCAAAGAGAUAAACAAUGGGACAGUAUUGCAUCUCUACAUAAAAAUAUGAAAACUGCAAUAACCUGGUCAUACAACAGAUUAUGUAUGGGAAAGCAUAAGUUGAAGUCUCCAAUAAUAGAUAAACAAGUAAGAGCUACAUGUCUGACAGUUACACAUUGUGGGAACUUUGUUAUUAUUGGUUAUAGUAAUGGUCAAGUACAUAAGUUCAAUAUGCAGUCUGGUUUAUAUCGGGGACAUUACGGUAACGAAAAACUACGGGCACACAAGGGCGCUCUCCGAGGAGUUGAGACAGAUCUUUGUAAUCAAAGAACCAUAACAGUUGGAUCUGAUGACAAAUUGAAGUUUUGGCGGUUCAAAUCUGAAACAACACCAUAUCACGUGAUGAGGUUAGAACACGGAGUGCAAAAGACAAAAUGCCACAGAGAAAGUGGAUUGCUAGCUCUUGCUAAUGACGACUUUUCUAUUACCCUUGUGGAUAUUGACACGAUGAAUACUGUGAGACAGUUCGAGGGACAUUUGGGAGUUAUUAAUGACAUCGAUUUUGACUCACAGAGCAGAUGGCUUGUAACAGCAUCAGCAGAUUCUACGAUAUGCACUUGGGAUAUUCCUAGCGCACAACUAGUCGACGUUUUCGCGGUAGAAGAACCCUGCACGUCUCUUAGUAUGUCGCCGACCGGUGAUUACUUGGCGACAACUCAUGUAGGAGAAUUAGGCGUUUUUCUUUGGGCCAAUAAACUACUGUAUGAGCGAGUUUUCCUCAAACCAGUUAGCAGGGAUGCUGUUAAUGUUCCGAAAUUAAAACUACCCACGACAGCGCCUGAAAAGCCCGAUAUAGAAGACAUAGCGACUAUCGACCUAGGUGAAGUCGAGUACAAAUCACCAGAGCAAAUAAGCAUGGAACUCCUUACUUUAUCCGGGCAAUCUACGUCUAGAUGGCUCAAUCUACUCAAUUUGGACAUCGUUAAAAGGAGAAACAAGCCGAAAGCGCCGCUAACCGUACCUAAGUCAGCGCCGUUCUUUAUACCAACAAUACCAAGCUUAGAAUUGGAGUUUGACCUUGAAAAAGACAAGGAGGACACGACCAAGCUUCUCAUACCGGAUACCUUGGUAACGUUGACGCCUUUCGCUAAGAAAUUAGUCAAUUGUGAGACAGACGGUGAUUAUGAGAUUUGUAUAUUGAAGUUAAAGGACAUGUCGCCGUCGGCUAUAGAAGCUGAAGUAUCGAGUAUGGCCCCGGAUGUAGGUGGUUCGAUAGAUGUGAUGCAACAAUUCCUACAUUUGAUAGAUAAUGUGUUGAAAAGUAACAAAGACUUUGAGCUAGCUCAAGCGUAUUUAGGCUUGUUUCUAAAGACUCAUACUAAAGUGAUUUCACAGAGUUCUGAUUUGAAGAGUACUUUGCAAUCGGUGGGAGAGUCUUCGGCAACCGCGUGGUUGAGGUUGCAAAACAGUUUGUUGUACAAUAUUUGUGUCGUUAAAGCAUUAAAGGACAUAUGUUUAAUCUAG